UUACCUAAAAAAAAACGCGAUUUUUCUCUCUCCUCUUCAAUUGAUACACGACGGCAUUGAAGAGGAAGAUUCAAGCUUGAAUGAAAGUGGUUCUUCACUCAAAUUGCUUGCCACGAAUUGUUACUCAGGCCUCAACGAAUCAGGAGGCUCAGAUUGGCAUAGCAUCAAACAAACAAUUUGGUGAGGCAAAUCAAGCAAGGAGAAAUCUACCAUGGCGGCAAAGCAAAACUGAAAAGGGGCACAUUUGAGGAGAGAGAAAAUCUCAUCCCACCAACAUGCAAAACACCCAUCAAAUUGCUGCCAAGCCAAAUGGCGAACCACCCAAGAUAAGAAAUGCUCACAAACCCAAAAUUGAAAGUUUGAAUACUGUGAAACGAUUCUUUAUCAUCACUGCCUCAUUAUUACUACGAGUACUACUACUACUGUUGCUGCUACUGCAUGUUCAUUUUCGUUAUUUCUUUUCAUCUUCUUUGCAUCUUCUUUACAAACCUUUCUUCCUAGAAUCGCGUUUUUUUUAAGGUAAAAAAUGAUUCAGUAAGGGAGUUGGUUUUGGAGGGAAACUUGGGGAUUUUUUUUUACUUUUUUUAAUGAGUAAAUGGACACGUGGCAUUUUCCGGUUGCCACGUGUCAAAGUCAAUGCCAGAAACCUGGGUCAACUCCAAGAAUCCGGGCAAAGGUCCUAGUCAACAAAAAUUAUUUUAUUUUAGGUCCCAUUUCACCAAUUUUGACAUAAAAUGUCAUUUCUCGCAAAAAAAACGCUUAUAAAAGGUCCUUUUUGGCAAAAAAUCAUAUUUUAAAUAGCUAUAUUCAUUUGUUGUUUUGCUCAUUUUCCAUAAUAAUUAACCGUUGUAGUGGGGUUUAAAGACGGAAAACAUUAACGACAAACGUCAAAUGGUAGUGUUAGUCAAACAACAAAUAAAGUAGUAAAAUAUAUAUAUUUUUAAAAAAAAGUAGCAAUUCACAAAACCACAAAACUUAAAGGUAAUGUAUCACCAAAUUCCUAAAUUAAUUAUUGUUAUCAAUUUUGAUUUUUGUUCCACAUAAACAUGUAAAAUCUUUGAAGUUAAUGAUUAAUAAUGACCACUACUUACUACCUAAACGUUGUCCUAAAUUAAAUAAAUGAAAGUUGCUUAAACGUCAAACACCACAUUGCUAAUUAUAGAGUGUUGAAUUGACUCCCACCAAACUAUCUUUCUAUAAUCUCAUUUACGUCUAAUGAUUUUGUGUCUUGUCUCUUUCAAUUUAUAAUUAUCUUUUUCCAAUUCAUUUUUAAUUUAUGAAUAUCUUAGAUAUCUUAGAAUAAUAAUAAUAAUAAUAAUAAUAAUAAUAAUAAAAAAAAAAAGCUUGCAAGCAUCUCCUUCUGUAUUGCCGGAUACUUGGGCCAUAUAUUAUGAAGUUAGCGAAGAAAAAGCUCGAACUUUUGGCACAAAAUUGAGGACGACACAACUUCCCAUUAACCUCCACCAAUUACUCUCAUAAUUUCAGCCAUUUUUAGAUGACAAGAGGACAUUAAAAUGCCAGUUGAAGCUGAAAGCAUAUGUCCGCUAAGCAAUGAUAUAUUGUACGAUAUAUUGGGGCGUCUUGAUGGGGCAACUUUAGCUAGUGCAGCAUGCACUUGUGCAUCAUUUUCCUCUAUCUCAAAAGAGGAGAAAAUAUGGGAAAAUGUUUGCAAUUCCCUGUGGCCAUCAGUUAACAGGGAUGAUGUCAGGAACUUGAUUAGAUCAAUUGGUGGGUUCAGAAAGUUCUACUCAGACUCUUAUCCUCUUAUUGUAAAUAAAGAUUUAGGUUUGGAUUCCUUUCUGGAAUACCCAGAAGAAUGGCCUGAAGCUGACUAUUAUGAAGAUUUUGAAGAAUAUGAGAGUAUCACACCAUCAGAUUUUGUUUCCCUUGUUGAUAUAAGGUACAAGGACAAGACAAUAUUCUCAAAAGUCCUUUGGGGUAUUUCUGAAUCAGAUGUUCUUGGCCGCUGGUUCUAUAAUGCACCAUUUCACAUUGAGCUUGGCAGUUCAGAUGUCAGUAACAACGCCGGAAAAGUGAUCAUUUCAGGGGAGGAUGGUUUGCCCCAAAUUGAAUCUGUAGAUAAUGAAAGAAAGGAAGGAAAGCUCUGGGUAGAGCUACGAGAUAGGUUAAGACUUAGUUGGAUCAUUGUAAAUAAAAAGGUUAAGCAAGCGGCCAAUGUUUCGAGUUUAAUCCCACUAGGAGUUCAGAGGCAUUGGCCAAGUGAUAAGGAUUUUCUAGUACGAUUUGGUUCAGUUCUCCCUGCCAAAGGUAUACUGCCUUGUCAAGUGGUAGAAUGCAUUCUUGUUGUCAAAUUUAGAAUGUUUAAAAAUACUACUAGUAAUUUUGUAAACCUUGAGAUGACUCAAGUGAGAAUGCAGUUGGAAGAUAUGGAAGGUUUUCAUCUGAAUGGUAGAAACACUCUGAUGGUUCUUAAAAAGGCGUUAAGCUGCAGAAAGACCAGGAACUAUAGUGAAGUUCUCGAGUCUUGUAAUCUGUAUUCCAGAGUUCGAAGUGAAAUAAAGGAGGAGAAGUUGCGAAAUGAAAGCCGGAUUGAUAAGAUGUGCAUCUUAACUGGAGUUGUAGUUGUUGUUACUUUUUGGUUUUGCAUCCUCUGAAGUUGUUUGUAAAGUUGUAAUUGUAAGUAUCAUUAUGUUUGGAUUUUUACUUAAAAUUAUAUACAAAAUAUUCGUUAUUCAUUU